AUGUCCUACAUGGAGCGGCUCCUGGCGCAUUACACCGGCAAGAGCACCCUCGACGCCGAGACUCUAAAGACCUUGGCCGAGUCCGUGGAGAAGAUGAAGUCGUCUGGACGACCGCGCACCGGCCCGGAGGGCGCGGUGACCGGGGCCGGCGGUGGUGCUGGUCCUGAAGCGGAUGUCACCAUGGAGCCGGACGUCGGCGCCGAGGCAGAGGUGCAAUCGCAGAGCUCCGACUCCUUCAAGGUCGACGAGAUAACGGUUCAGCCUCUGGAAAACAACAUCACACAUUACUCCGGCGAGUUCUCACACUGGAACUUCUCCAUGCGGAUAAAGCAAUGGAUCGAACAGUGUGUAAACGACGCUCCGGAUGGUCCAAAGACACAAUUCAAAGAAUACUACCGCCCAGAAGAACUCCAGUCCCCCUCCAACACAGUAGCCUCCCUCUCCUCCCUCCCGCCCCGCUACGUAGCAGACUUCCUCGUCCAGGCCUUCUUCAACCAUGCCGAGACGAGCUACUUUUACGUCGAGCGCCACUGGCUCAUGGACAGGCUCGACCUCGUCUACGAGAACUCGGCCUCCUUGACGCGCCGCGACGUCGGUACCGUCUGCAUGAUCCUCAUCAUCUUCGCCAUCGGCACGCAGUACGCCUACCUAGACUCCCGGAAUGAACGGGGCGGCCCGCCGAGCGCCGCGGCCGACUCGAGCCCCUUUUCGGAGGAUACCAUCGGCAUCAUGUUCUACCAGCAGGCGUGCCGGCUGGUUCCCGACGUGAUCACCAUUUCGUCGCUUGAGAGCGUCCAGGCGUGUCUGCUCAUCGGCCUGUAUACGUUACCCCUCGACGCCUCGGGGCUGUCGUACGUCUACCUGAACCUGGCGGUCAAGCUCGCGAUACAGAAUGGUAUGCAUCGGAAGCAUCCGGGGGCCGCCCUCGAUCCCGUUAUUCGUGAGACGAGGAACCGUGUAUGGUGGACAGCCUACACGACGGAAAAGCGUAUCGGCAUAUUCCACGGCCGGCCAGUAUCCAUCGCAGCAAGCGACGUCGACGCCGAACGCCCAGUCGACAGACCAGAAAUCUGGCCCGGUUCAGCACCGCCAAACACGGCACACAUGCUAGCAACCCUUCAGCUCAACAACGCUCUCAGCAGAAUAGCUCACCAAAUAUCCCUCUUCAAAACGUUUGAAAAGAAUGAAAUCCCAGAAGGCAUGGCCAAACUCGUCGAAAUGAAAGCCCAACUCCACAACUGGUGGAACAGCCUCCCAGAACCAACCUUCAUCAAAGACCCAACCACCGGCCCCGCCGUCUUCCGCCCGACAAUGCACCUGAGGCUAGAAUACUGCCUCGUCCGCAUGUUCGCCGGCCGCCCCUUCAUCUUCCCCCGCGACGCGGCCCACCGCGGCAGCACAGCAAGCUCCUCCGGGUCCCCCGCAGACUCCGUCGCCAUGACAGUCGCAGGCGGUCCUUCUUCCGGUGGUGCUGGUGCUGGUGCUGGUGCCGGUGCCGGUGCCGGUGCCAGCGCCAGCGGCCGCGCCACAACCAGCAGUUCAACCAGCAAAACAACACACCCGCGCGCCGUCCUCGUAGCAGACUGCGUCGACGCAGCCCUCUGCGUCGUAGAAACGUGCCGCCUCCUCCGCAACACAGUCGGCCUCGCCCGCGCCUCGUACACGGAAUUCUCCUCGUGCCGCGCCGCGCUGCUCGUCAUCAUCACGCAGUGCCUCCAGAAGAAGACGGACCGCCUCCGCGACGCACUACGGGAAGGCAUGGCGAUGCUAAGGGAGAUGUCGGCGGGCGGGGAGUCCGCGAAAUCGGAAAUGUCGCUUAUUGAGGCCUUUGAGCGCGCGAUUUCGAGGUUGGAUAUGGCUGACGAGAGCAAUGGUGGUGGCGGGGGCGCGGGUGGUGCGUCCGGGGUGAAGGAGACUGAUUAUGCGAGGUUUAAAAAGUGGGAGAUGCUGUGGAAGACGGAUACGCCUGCGCAAGGGCAGGGACAAGGUGGUGAUGCGAGGAGCGAGAGGGAUGGGCUUGAUGGCGCGGGGCUGCCGAUUCCGCCGAUUCCGCCGCAUCCUGCGGGUUUGUGGCGGGGAGGAGGACACGGGCAUUCCGGGGGAGGAGGCGGAGGUGCCGGGAGAGGAGGAGGGCAUGUUGCGCCCGGCGCGGGGCGGCAGGGUACGGCGUCGUUGCCACCUGCGAUGCCGUUUUUCGGGCUCGAUGGGAGUCUGUCGCCGAUGCCGCCUGCGCUCGACGAGUUCUCGGCCAUGUUUGGGAACGGGUAUGUGCCGGGGUUUGAAGGCAUGGGCGGAAGUGUAAACGGGAACUGGAUGGGUCUUUGA